UAUCGAUUUAAAUUCAAAAUUAUGAAUCGUAUUGAAACGGACGAUGCCUCUAAUGAUGAUACAAAUAUAAUAUCUGAUUUAUUAAAUUCUGCUGAAACCAUGCAAUCCGUAUCAACAACUAAUGCUAGUAUAACAAAAAUGCAGAUGCAGCAAAAAGAUGAGCUGCAAAUUGUUCAAAACUCUGAAGAGAUAUCGGCUAAAUUUUGCGAUGCAACAAAACAGAACUUGUUGAUUUCACUGCAACAAAAUAACAGUGCGAUUGAUAGUGACCUAUUAUUAAAUUCUACUCAAUAUUCGGAUGUGGAAGAUUUAAAUAAAAUGCAUAUACGUCAUGUACACAUUCCUUACAUAUUGAAUGGCGAAUUGUACCAAAUACAAACACAAGAUGGUGAAAAUGUUACCGUGAAAUGUUGCCAUUGUCCACCGGAUCGUGUUUAUAGAGGCAGUGUUAGGUCAACGGGAAAUUUUCACAUGCAUAUAAAGAGACGUCAUCCAGAUCUGUUGGAAAAACUUCACGAUAUGAAAGUGAAUGCUUUACUGGAACGACGCGAUCGUUUAAUGCGCAAUCGUAAAAUAACUCAUCGAAAUAAUCGUAAUCGUCUCAAUUCAAAUAGCAUGUGUUCAUUUAAGAAUGAAGAAAAACCAGAAUUGAUUACAUCAACGCCCGGGUCCCAAAUAAUUAUGGACUCAACUCCAGAAUUGAGUUUAAUGCAUACGCACAAAUUAAAAAUUAAGACAGUUUUCCAGAGGCAUCAAAUGCAACAGAGAGAAGCGGCAGAAAUGAAAAAUUGGAAUAAAGCAGAAUAUGUCGUUAUGCCGAUAGGUAAACUACAAACAAAUGAAGGAACUGAGCAGCCAAUUAAUUAUAGUUUAAAAUCUUCGGAGAAUCAUGAAACCCAUGCUACUUCCAUCCCUUCGGUUUCCUCAAAUACCAACCAACAACAGCAAGAGAAGAGAACACCACAUGAUAGUACAACUCAAGCGCCUUUUAAUAACUUCAACAACUUAAACAAUCAAACAGCUAAAUUAACUACUAAUAAUGAUGACAUGCAGCAAAAUUCAUAUAUUUGUGAAAAUUAUACAAAUAAUAGAAAUUUAUCAACAUCAUCGAUUUCCAUAUCAUGUCCUAGUGUUAUGAGUAGUUAUUCGAGUAGUCAUCAAUAUGAAAUGGAAAUAAAUCGAUCAUAUAACAGUGUACCUCUUCAUCAUCACAACUUGUCCGUAAUAAAGCCAGAGCACUUGUUAUUGGGACCAGAGACUGAAGCCAUCGAUCUCACUAUGCAUACUGAUUCUGGCAUAUUUUCAAAUUCUGAAGAUAGUGGUAGUGUACAAAAUAACGAUUCUGAAAGUAAUAAAAUCAACAAUAGUAUUAAUAAUAGAGCUGGUUCUCAAAAAACAAAAACUGAUAAUAUUACCACCACAAAUGAUGUUGAACGUAAUGGUGAUAUUGUUAAUAAUAUUAGCCCUAAUGCCGCUAAGUGGCAAGAACUAUUAAUGCAAGUUGAAAACUCACUGCGCGAUAUACAACGUGAAAUGAAUGUACGUAAUCAAAUUGAAUCUAAUCGUAUGUUUCUAGAUAUUGCAAAAUUUAAAUAUUUAAAUCCUGGUUUUCAGUUUAAUUGGUAAAAUAUUGCCGCUAAUUACUAACGUAUGCAGU